AUGCAGAAAUUGAGUUUAUUAGAUAAUUUUAAAGCCAUCUAGAUAUUAUUCUAGAUCAUUUAAAUCUCGAUUAUUAUCUUCUUCUGUAUUUUUUACUAAAUUGAUAAUAAAUAGAAAAUUGUAAUAAUUCUUUAUUCCUCUUUUUUUAGGUAUGUUUUUCUAAACAUGCAAAUUAGUUUUAAUCUCUCUUUUAUUACUAUAUUAAAAUUUAUCGUUUAUUUAACUUAGUAAAGCAUUCAUUACUUUCUUUUGAAUUUCUUAUAAUUCAACUUUAAUUGUCAUUUACCCAUUUUCGUAGAAAUAAAAAUAUACGCAUUACUCAAUAUCUGA